UGGCCGAGGGUCUGCAGGUUUUCGCUCUCACCUUGUACUUGACUGAUUCAUUAGGUCACUAAUUGGUUAGGUUCUACCGUCACAUGGUUGUGUAGGUCUAAACUAGGGACCAAUUUAAAAGAAAAACCAGCAUACACUAGGUCAACUGCAGAUGGCAGUGUAGCGCCGUUUCUUCAGAAAAAAACUGUUAUACUGUAGGAGGAAGUAUGGGAAGAGUAUCUUUCACUUUGGAAAGUCUGCCUCUCCUUGUGAAUUUCAAAUCUAGUUAUGGUUCUUUAUUUCCAUGAGAUAGCAUUAUCAAAUAUUUGGUGAAAGAAGUAACAGGCUGUCUUGUUGUGUGUUGUCUGUCAGUGAGAUGGAGAGCCAUGCCACACCAGAGGCGGACAUCGAUACAUUCCCAAUGGACCAAAGCAGUGAGGAGUUUCAGCUGCUCGUGGCCUACUGUGAAAGGCGAAAAAGGAAGCGGUCUGGCCUAAUCCCUCAGUUUGAAGGUUACAAGAUCUACCCUCAAGGUCCUGCUCCAUCCAAACACAUGCCAGAAGCAGGAAGGCAACGUGUCAUGAUGUUUAAGAAAGUUGCUAAAGGAAAGGGCUCUUUGAGUGGCGUGGCCGAACGACUGACUCAGAUUGCAGACACUGUGGACAUCACACAAAGGGCAGACACAACAGUUGCCAUCAGGCCGUGUGUUGGUCACAUAGAGGCAGAUGGGACCGACGAUCUUGACGAUGUGAUCUUGAAGAUAGUGGAGCUGCUGAAGGUGUCCGGAGACCAGCUGAAUGAGAAGAUCAAGAGUAACCCCACUUUGCAGAAGCAUUUCCAAACCUCAUUCACCUACGGUCUAUUUGAGAAGGUGACUACCACCCUUGUCCAGGGAAUGAUGGGUGGAGAUCCUGUAGCAAGGCACGGGGACCCGGCGCCUGAGAAGAGCGUCCAGAGGGAGGAGAUUGCUCUGGUCUGUGAGGUGACCAGCAGGCUGUCUGCUCUGGACCUCCACCCCAUGAACCAAGCCAUGGGCUUUGGGUCACGCUACCUCCAGCAGCAUCACACGGCCUGGGUGAAGAAGCAAGGCGGCUGGAAUAAAGUGUUUGACAGUGAAGACACUGAUUAGAUCUGCAAGACAUCUGAACUGCUUUAACUGUCCAUGAAUAAGUAGCUGAAGUGGUCACAAAAAAAUAAGAAAUCUUCCUAACUGGA